AUGAACCCGCAGCUAUCGAUUAACGUGUACGGCUACAAAGAUACGUUUCUACAUGGUUUGGAAAUUUUCCCUGUACGCGUUAGUUCGAACACUGUGGGGAAGAAAAUUCAUCUAUUGGCUAUGGAGAAUGGGAACAGUCACCACUUUUGCUGGAUAAAAAAUUUAGCAAAGUUGAGUCGAUCGGGUGUAACAAAAUACAAGAAUAAAAUUUAUUUAUGUGACCGAUGCCUCAACUAUUUUGCUACAGAAGUCAAACUCCAACAGCAUUCAGUAAAUUGUGGUGAGAAAGAAGCAGUGCGGGUACAGAUGCCUGAAACUGAUGACGAGCGGUUCGUUGAGUUCAAAGAUUUCAACAGCAAGGAACGUGUUGAGUAUAUGGUGUACGCUGACUUUGAGGCACUAUUGGUACCACAGGACCAUGAACACAUGGAAACGGAUCAUGAGUCUUAUACACAAAAGAUUCAAAAACAUAUACCCUACAGUGUGGGGUAUUAUGUACAUUGUACUCAUGAUCCUAACCAAUCAUUCUACAAGGCAUACCGUGGUGCUGAUUGUGUCAAGUGGUUUGUUCAUGAACUGGAACAAGUAGCGUACUCAUUAGAGCAAAAAAUAAAACACGUUAAACCAAUGUGUCCGCUCACCGUCGAACAAGAACUGGAUUUUAUGUCAGCAGAGAAGUGUCACAUUUGUGGUAAAGAUUUCGUAUCCAAUUCCAUACGUGUUCGCGAUCAUUCACAUCGCACAGGUGUAUUUCCAUAUGAAUACAUGAGUAGCUGGGGACGUCUCCAAGAGACAAAAUUACCACCAAAGGAGGCGUUCUACAGUGUGUUAACAGAUGAACAUAUAACGGAUGAGGAUUAUAACCAUGCGAUACAGGUAUGGAACACAUUCAAUUUACAUACACUAGGUGAUUAUUCAGACCUGUAUAUGAAAACUGAUGUGUUACUACUUGCGGAUAUUUUUGAAAAUUUCCGUAACACUUGUAUUCAUAGCUAUGGCCUCGAUCCUAGUCAAUAUUACACACUUCCUGGCUAUACGUGGAGCGCCAUGUCGAAAUACACCAAUAUCAAAUUGGAAUUGUUCACGGAUAUUGAUGACUUGUUGUUUAUCGAGAAAGGAAUCAGAGGCGGUGUAAGUCAAUGUUCUAAUCGCUAUGCUAAGGCGAACAAUAAGUACAUGGAAGAGGGGUAUGAUAAAACUCAAGAAGAUGUCUACCUUAUGUAUUAUGAUGUGGUGAACCUAUAUGGUGCAGCAAUGUGUGGAUACCUACCAACAGGAAAUUUUAAGUGGGUCGACACACCAAACAUCGAGGAUGUUGCAGAUGAUUCACCAGUCGGGUACAUUUUAGAAGUAGACCUUGAAAUACCCCAACAUCUACAUGAUUACUUUAGCGAUUUACCGCCAUGUCCGGAGACAACGAAACCACCUGGAUCAAAACAAAAAUAUCUUCUCGUGAGAAAUACUGACGUCUAUGAGGUCAUGAAACAGGAUAUUAAUCGUUUUGAUACGGCUGACUAUGCACCCGACAACGUCUAUGGUAUGCCACUACGUAAUAAGAAAGUCAAGGGUUUAAUGUCCGAUGAAAAUAAUGGUGAUGUUAUGCUAGAAUUUGUUGGAUUACGUAGCAAAAUGUUUAAAAUGGCUUAG